AUGCCGCGGAGUGCAUUUGGCAGAUGCUCCUGGCUAUUCGAUGCUGGUCUGGGCAUUGUGCAUCGCGACUUGAAAUUGGAGAAUUGGCUCUUUGAAAAGCAAGGAGGCGACGAUUUGAAACUCAUCGACUUUGGCUUAUCCAAGUUUUGGGAGCCCAGCAAGAAGAUGGAGAUGCGAGUGGGCACACUGGACUAUAUGGCACCGGAGGUCUUGCAUCGGAACUACACCUCCAAAUGCGACCUGUGGAGCCUCGGGGUGAUCACCUACACCCUGCUCGUGGGCAGCUUCCCCUUCGCUGGCCGUGAUGGCGACUCCGCCAUGCUCGCGCGGAUCGCCGCCGGCAGGUUCGCCAAAGAACGGGACGCCUGGCAGUCCUCCUCCGCUGUGGCGAAGGACUUUGUCGAGAAGCUGUUGACUGUGAACCACCUUCAGCGGCUCUCCGCCGAGCAGGCCCUGGCGCACGCCUGGAUUGCGUCGCGCGAAACCGUGGCCAAGAGCUAUGUGAGCAAGGAGAUUGUGGAUGCUCUUUGCUCCUUCUCCGAAUCUUCAGCCUUCCGACGUGCCUGUCUCUCAGUGAUGGCCAUGUCCCUCUCCAACGAGGACCGUCAGGAGGUGCAUAAGGCCUUCUUGGAGAUUGACCAGGAUCACAGUGGAACCAUCACCUUGUCUGAGCUCAAAAGUGUUCUUGAAGACAAGUUUCAUAUCAAAGAUGAUGCAGUAGCCAGGACCUUUCACAGCCUGCAGUCUCCCAUGUCCCGUCGUGAGGAGAUCCACUACAGCGACUUCCUCGCGGCCAUGAUGUCGACGCGCAUUGCCUUGCACGACGACUUGCUGCGGAGUGCCUUCCAACGCUUCGACGUGGACAAUGAGGGCUACGUCACGAAGAAGAAGCUGAGAAUGCUCCUGGGAGACUCCCUAAGCGAGGACGAGUUGGAUGAUGUGAUGAAUGAAGUGGAUGCAGACCACGAUGGCCGCAUUUCCAUGAACGAGUUCGUCGAAUACUUGCACCACCGUCGGAGCAACGAGAAACAUUUGGAGGCUGCCCACAAAGCCAUCGACCGUGAGCUGAAGCGGCCCUGCGGCAGGCGCGAUCCCUCCGCGCCGGUGAUCCCCGUGCGCGAGCGCCGCCGGAGCUCGGUGAUCGUGAAGAAGAACUCCUCCAGAUCAACUCUGGAGUCGGCGGCGAGCAAUGUCCUCACCAAGGUUGCAGAUGCGUGCCAGCCCUAUUGCUGUGAAGAGAUUGCAGCAUGGCUUUUGGAUGUGCGAUCCUACUUGGCACAUAGAUGA